AUGCCGCCGCCGCCGCCGCCGCUGCUGCUGCUGCCGCUGCUGCUGGGGCCGCUCCGCGCCGUCGCCCGCGGCGGCCUGGCGGGACCCGAGGACCCGGUGCAGCUGGACUUUUCCACGGAGCAGCCGGCGCGCCAGGUGAGCCCCGCGUUCCUGUCCUUCACCAUCGACGCCAGCCUGGCCACCGACCCGCGCUUCCUCACCUUCCUCGGUUCUCCAAAGCUUCGGACGUUGGCCAGAGGUUUGUCUCCUGCAUACCUGAGAUUUGGUGGCACCAAGACAGACUUUCUCAUUUUCGAUCCCAAGAAGGAGCCAAGCUUUGAAGAGAGAAGUUACUGGCAAUCCCAACUCAACCACGAUAUUUGCAAGUCUGGAUUCAUCCCUUCUGACGUGGAGAAGAGGUUACAGCUGGAAUGGCCAUCCCAGGAGCAGUUGCUACUCAGAGAACAGUAUUUCAAAAGGUUCAAGAAUAGUACCUACUCAAGAAGCUCAGUGGAUAUCCUGUACACGUUUGCAAACUGCUCGGGACUGGACUUGAUCUUUGGUCUCAAUGCCUUACUGCGAACCGCAGACUUGCAGUGGGACAGUUCUAAUGCUCAGCUGCUCCUGGACUACUGCUCUUCCAGGCGUUAUAACAUUUCUUGGGAGCUAGGCAAUGAACCCAACAGUUUCCAGAAGAAGGCUGGUAUUUUCAUCGACGGGUUGCAGUUAGGAGAAGAUUUUGUUAAGCUACAUAAACUUCUAGGAACAUCUGCUUUCAGAAAUGCAAAACUCUAUGGUCCAGAUAUCGGUCAGCCUCGAGGAAAGACUGUGAAGAUGCUGAGCAAUUUCCUGGAAGCUGGGGGAGAAGUGAUUGAUUCAGUUACAUGGCACCACUACUACUUGAAUGGACGAACUGCUACCAAAGAAGAUUUCCUAAACCCUGAUGUGCUGGACACUUUUAUUUCACCUGUGCAAAAAAUUUUUCAGGUUGUGGAGAUGACCAGACCCCACAAGAAGGUUUGGUUAGGAGAAACAAGCUCUGCGUUUGGGGGUGGAGCACCCUUGCUGUCCAACACCUUUGCAGCUGGUUUCAUGUGGCUGGAUAAAUUGGGCCUAUCGGCCAGGAUGGGCAUAGAAGUGGUGAUGAGGCAAGUGUUUUUUGGAGCUGGAGCCUACCACUUAGUGGAUGAAAACUUCGAACCUCUACCUGAUUAUUGGCUCUCUCUUCUAUUCAAGAAACUGGUGGGCACCAUUGUAUUAAAGGCAAGUGUGAAAGGUCCAGCCAGAAGCAAACUUCGAGUAUACCUUCAUUGCACAAACAUCAACCACCCAAGGUAUAAAGGAGGCGAUUUAACUCUGUAUGCCUUAAACCUUCAUAAUGUCACCAAGCUGUUGCAGUUACCACAUUAUUUAUUUGACAAAGAAGUGGACAGAUACCUUGUAAAGCCUUCAGGACCUGAUGGAUUGUUUUCCCAAUCUGUCCAGCUCAACGACAAAACUCUGAAGAUGGUGGAUGACCAAACCCUGCCAGCUUUGACAGAAAAGCCGCUCAGCCCAGGAAGUCCACUGAGCCUGCCAGCUUUCUCCUAUGGGUUUUUUGUGAUAAGAAAUGCCAGAGUUGCUGCUUGCCUCUGA